GGAAAGAGCGGGCGGGUGGGUGACCCGCGGUGGGGCUGUGGGUGGGGCGGCGGCCGCAGCUGUGGCAUUCACGUUUGGGGCUGGAGAGAGGGAGAGGAACUCGCCGGCUCCUGGGAGCCCAGUCGAGGUCCCAGGGCCGGGGGGUUGGAGGAAGUCGCCCCGAGAGGCUCGCCACGGGCCGGAGGAGAGACGGCCCUGGGAGCCGGCGUCCCGCCCCCGGCGGCCUCCUUUCCCGUCCCUCCUCCCGGGCUGCGCGCGAGCGGCCGCGGCUCUGUCUCGGGGGCUGCGGCGGGAACCGUCGAGCAGGCUGCACGGAACCCUCCUUCAGAGGACCCGCUGGAGGAGAAGAGGGAGCGCGGUGGCUCAGGCCGUCAGCUCAGAGUAUGCCACCAAACCGUGUGGCAGGGUGAGCUUUUUUCCUUCCUGCUUUUGCCGGGAAGGAGAUAACAUAUUUAAAGGAUCUCUGUCUUCAUUGCUGCCCCUGCCCUCUUAAAAGUUUUUCUUUGGUAGGAAUGCUUGUAGUCCCCCCGUGGACGAUUUGAUGAUUCCCACUCCAGCCGCGGGCCUGAUUUAGUAACUGGAAUCACCUUCAGAUCAGAUCUUAAAAAUUACCUACAAAACUCCGCUGCAGAGUUGUUCUCUCCCGUCCAAGAAGGGCAAAUGGACUUCGGAGUUAAGAUGCAGGGGGGUGAACCCGUGUCAACAAUGAAAGUCUCAGAGAGUGAAGGGAAGCUGGAGGGCCUGGCCACAGCGGUGACCCCGAACAAGAACAGCAGCAACAGCAGCUGUGGGGGUGGAAUCAGCAGCAGCAGCAGCAGCAGCAGCCGCGGUGGCAGUGCAAAAGGCUGGCAGUACAGUGAUCACAUGGAAAAUGUAUAUGGCUACUUAAUGAAGUACACCAACCUUGUCACUGGGUGGCAGUACCGGUUUUUUGUUUUAAACAAUGAAGCUGGGUUAUUGGAGUACUUUGUAAAUGAACAGUCUAGAAAUCAAAAACCCAGAGGUACUUUGCAGCUUGCAGGAGCUGUAAUAUCACCUAGUGACGAGGACUCUCACACCUUCACUGUAAAUGCUGCCAGUGGGGAACAGUAUAAACUCAGAGCCACAGAUGCUAAAGAGCGACAACAUUGGGUUAGCAGACUUCAGAUAUGUACACAGCAUCACACUGAAGCUAUUGGAAAGAAUAAUCCUCCUCUGAAAUCACGAAGCUUUUCACUUGCAUCUAGUGGUAAUUCUCCUAUAUCCCAGAGGAGACCAAGUCAAAAUGCCAUUUCUUUUUUUAAUGUUGGACAUUCCAAACUACAAUCAGUGAACAAAAGAGCUAACUUACCUCCAGACCAUCUUGUGGAAGUCAGAGAAAUGAUGUCUCAUGCUGAAGGACAACAAAGAGACUUAAUUAGGCGAAUUGAAUGCCUUCCUGCUUCUGGCCAUCUUAGUUCCUUGGACCAGGAUCUCUUAAUGCUCAAAGCUACUUCCAUGGCAACUAUGAACUGCUUAAACGACUGCUUUCAUAUUCUCCAGUUGCAGCAUGCAUCACAUCAGAAGAGCUCACUGUCUUCAGGAACGACAAUCGAGUGGUUAGAACCAAAGAUACCUUUAUCAAACCACUAUAAAAAUGGAGCUGACCAGCCUUUUGCAACUGAGCAAAGUAAACCAGUGGCAGUCCCCGAAGAGCAGUGUGUUGAAGAAUCUGGACCAUUAGCAAGGGAACCUGAAGAAAUCAGUGCAGAUGAUGAGGUAGAGGAUACAUGUGACAACAAGGAGGAUGACCUAGGAGCUGUGGAAGAGCAACGUAGUGUCAUCCUGCAUCUCUUGUCACAGCUGAAGCUGGGCAUGGAUUUAACGAGAGUGGUGCUUCCUACAUUUAUCCUAGAGAAGCGUUCCUUGCUGGAAAUGUAUGCAGACUUUAUGUCUCAUCCAGACCUAUUUAUAGCCAUCACUAAUGGAGCCACAGCUGAGGAUAGAAUGAUUCGUUUUGUUGAGUACUACCUUACCUCAUUUCACGAAGGCCGUAAAGGAGCCAUUGCUAAGAAACCGUACAAUCCUAUCAUUGGAGAAACGUUUCACUGUUCCUGGAGGAUGCCAAAAAGUGAGGUGGCGUCCAGUGUUGUCAGCUGCUCUUCCACCCAAGCAGUCACAAAUCACACUCCUCUGUCAGAGGAGACUUUGAGCCAGGUGGGAUCAGACUGUUAUACAGUCAGAUUUGUUGCUGAGCAGGUUUCCCAUCAUCCUCCAGUCUCAGGAUUUUAUGCAGAAUGUGCGGAAAGGAAGAUGUGUGUAAAUGCGCAUGUCUGGACUAAGAGCAAAUUCUUAGGCAUGUCGAUAGGCGUGACCAUGGUUGGAGAAGGUGUCCUCAGUCUAUUGGAGCAUGGAGAAGAGUAUACAUUUUCUCUACCGUGUGCAUAUGCCCGGUCAAUUUUAACUGUUCCUUGGGUAGAACUGGGUGGUAAAGUCAGUGUCAACUGUGCAAAAACUGGGUAUUCAGCCAGCAUCACUUUUCAUACUAAGCCAUUUUAUGGUGGCAAACUACACCGGGUUACAGGUGAAGUAAAGCACAACAUCACCAAUACUGUGGUAUGCAGAGUGCAAGGCGAAUGGAAUAGUGUUCUUGAGUUCACUUACAGCAAUGGAGAGACAAAGUAUGUGGACUUGACUAAAUUAGCAGUAACAAAGAAGAGAGUAAGACCUCUGGAGAAGCAAGAUCCAUUUGAGUCCAGGCGAUUGUGGAAAAAUGUGACAGACUCUCUGAGGGAAUCUGAAAUUGAUAAAGCCACGGAACAUAAACGUACCUUGGAAGAACGCCAGAGGACUGAAGAAAGGCAUCGAACCGAAACAGGCACACCCUGGAAAACCAAAUAUUUUAUUAAAGAGGGUGACGGCUGGGUUUAUCAUAAACCCCUUUGGAAAAUAAUCCCAACAGCACAACCAGCAGAGUGACACACACUAUCUGAGACUCGACCAAAUGAACUUCUUCUCUGUUUACCCUAAACCCUCCCAGAAUGGAGUCAUUGCACUGAGUGACCUGCUUCCUGAUCGCACAGACUGAAUCUAGCUGAACACGAAUGUACCUGUGAAGGCACCGUAGAAUGGCAGCAAGACCAAAGUGUUGAAGAAGCACGAUGGGCCUCUCACCAACCUGUUCACGUGACAUGAGCAAUAUCAUCUAAAAACCUUUCACAGGAAUUGUUAGGUGAUUAAUCUUUUAUCCAGUCCCCGCUCCUAAAGUUCAGUUCGAAUCCCCUGUCUUUGCAGGGGGGCAGCAAGACACACACAACAGUGAGAACUCAGUGAUUUUGAUUUCUUUAUAGUGAGAAGUGAAGUCUCUAUCAGAGUUUGUGUGUUGCUUUCUGUCGGUAACUGAAGUAUUCACUACUCUUACAAACUCAUAGGAGGAGGAUGAUGACCCAGGAGUGGAUUCAGCCAUUGUGCCUGAAAUCAGUGUUAAAAAAAUCAACCAGGUUGUAGUAACAAGGCAUUCUUGUUCCUUCCAAGAGACUGUGUGCCUGAGGCUGUGUCUAAGGAGCUUAUCCAUUCUCCACCUCUGUUGGAACUCUCUUUUAAAAAGUAUAUUUAUAAAUUGAUUAGAAUUAUAACCAUGGAGAAUUUUUUCUUCUGAGCAUUUUAAUAUACUUGAAAACAACAUUGACUUGAAAAAUUUCGGAAGUUUUUCAGUACCUAGUUUUAUUAAAUACUACACUUGAGAGACAAUUUUUUUAAAUGUGUUCAUGUCAAUAUGAUGAGAUUUUGGCCUUUCUCAAGAACUGAGGCAUUAAAGAACAUAGCAAACAUUAAAGAAUAAAACUGUUACUUUUUUCCUUACCUUUUUUUUCACUUGUAGGUUAAUAUCCAGUAUUAUGUGCUAUCCCUCUGGAUAAGUAUGCUUCAUCUUACCUCUGUUCACUCAAAUUUAAACCAACUAUUCAUAUUUGUCAGUAAUUCAUAAGUUGUGUAUGUGGCUGAGUGCAUGUAUGGUGUGGUUCUCUUUUCAAGGAAACUCAAAUGCUGAAGAAAGAAUAAGAAA